AUGGAGGUGGAUAGGGUGGACGAGGAGCUCUGCAAGGCGGCGGUGGCACGCACGGAGGCGGACCUCGAGCGGCUGCACGCGGCGACGCGGCGGUAUCACGCGCUGAUGGAGCUCCUCGCGACCGAGGCCGGGUACCUCAUGGACCUGCGCGUGCUCGUGACAGUCUAUCUUGAGCAGCUCCCGACGCUGGCAGCGUCGUCGAACUCAUCUGCGCUCUCGCUCCCUGCACUCGGCCUUGCGAGGAGCCUUCCGUCUUCUCGCUCGUCGUUUCUGCAUCCCUCUGCUUCGGCUACGACUUCUGUGUCUGGUGGCUCGCAGGUGCAGGGAAGGCUUGGAUCGGACUCGGGUCAUGGGCCGCCGGUGGAGGGUGAGAAGGAGGUGAAGAAGGAGCAUAAGCGGCAGAAGAGCAAGGAGAGGAUCAAGGACAAGACAAAGGAGAAGGAUGGAGGAAAGCGCAAGGAGAAGGAUAAGGGACGCUCAGGGAAAGACGGGACGAAGGAAGGUUCUGAUGAGGAUGCCGGCGCUGACGUGCUGCAAGAGGUGGACGCAAGUGUGGUCUCACCACUGCAGGAUGCACAGCAGCUGCGAUGGAGUUCCAAGGAGGACGCGCCCACUCCAGCGCCUCACUCGCAUUCAUCGGCGUCAAAAGGCAAGCACGCGCGCCGGAAUAUCUUGGCGGACAAGGACGUGCGCACGGUGUGCAGGAACGCAAAGGAAUUGUUGCGAUUUCAUGAUGCGUUCGUGCGCGAGCUCCAGGAUGCCGUUGGUGUGUAUGGCCUAGGGCAGGCGUUCGUCCUCGAUGAUCAGGAGAAGGCGCGUAUGGGUGGGCUGGACGGAUUGACCGUGGAGGGUGUUGAUGAGGUCGUGGCAGUCGUGGCGGAGAAGUUCGUCAGCCAGGCACCGUCGUUCAGUAUCUACGAGACGUUCUGUCCAGGACACAACGAGGUCGCGAACUUGAUUCGGAACUUCCAGGAGUGCUAUCCAGGCGAGUGGGACGCAUACGAGCAGCGCUGUUCACUCCUUGUCGCCGAUAUCGAGCUCAGCGCUGUCUUCGGCUCCUCCGAUGACCGCUCUGCUCCAUCAGGGAACGGUCUUCCUACAUCAGCGACAAUGACCGUGCCUAUGUCUCCGCCGCUCGCCGAUCCUGCUCGCAAGAAGCGGAGACAUUCCACCACUUCGCUUUCCUUCUUGUCGUCUCCUCCUCGUGCGGAUGCUAUUCCUCCCAUGACUCACACGCGUUCAGACCCCAGCAGUCGAGAGCGUGUACGCGAGGGCUCUUCCAGCUCCGCGCACGGACACUCGCGCAAGUCCUCGCAGUCGCAAGCCACCCGCUUGAAGUUCCUCGAUUACCUCAUCAAGCCCGUCCAGCGAAUCUGCAAGUACCCUCUGCUGCUCGAUCAGCUGAAGAUCAAACGGCCACGGGCACAGAGUGCGAUCGAUACGGGCACACGCCCGUCAGCGCAUGUCGAGUUGGGCGAGCGAAUUGAGAUGGGCUCGGAUAUUGUGGAGCGCGCGAGUGAGGCGAUGCGCCUGGUCGUCAGGCUGGUCAACCAAGCGAGUGAGAUUAGGACGCAUAUAGUCCGGUCGGCGCUGAUCGCAUCGCGCAUGGUGUUCACUGUACCGCCGGUGUCGGCGGCGUCACAUCAUGGACAUGGCCACAGUCACUCCUUCUCGUCCAUGGGAUCGUCGUAUCGCCCGAAGGUGCAGGGUCUCACGCCAGAGUUCAUUGCGUCGCUCGGCGCGUGUAAUCUGGCUGGAGCGUUGGACGUCGUGCAGCAUCCUCCUUUGCGCACGCCUGGUGGCGGCCCGUUGCGGGCGAAGUACCUCGGCGCGUUCUUGUACAUGGGCGGCUACCUCGUUUUGGUCAAGAUACCUAAGAGCGGUAAGAUCUAUGAACCACGAUAUUGGUUCUCCUUGGCUGGUUUUACCGUUGAGGACCUUGAAGACGAUGAUUCAUCGUGCCACAUGGAGAAGGUCAUCUGGUUGACGGCUAUCCAACACGCCCUGGCGGUAUCUGCGCAAUGGGUGAACGAGCCUCUUGAGAGCUUACCAGCGGACGAUAAGCUCCUACCGACCCCUGCAGCGGAGGAAGGUGCGCCGGAGUGGACAACAAACCCCUUGCCCACUAUCCAAUCAUUGUCCGAGCUCGAGGGCCAGGGAGACGAUCCACGUUCCGAUGCGCCUACGGCGCAACAGGGUCCCCUCGAAAAGCCAGCACCUAUGCCGAUCCUGGACAGUAUCGCCCUCAGGCAGGAGCAGAUGCAAGUAGCAUCGUUUGCUGCUCUGAACCGACGUAACUCUACUGCAUCCGUGAAGGCGUUCUUCUCCCCAAUGACUCACGACUCCUCCACACGUGUUAUGCGCCCGUCUUCUCAGGUACGCCAGCAGGUCGACCACGGUCUCCACGAUGUCUUCUCGGAGGAGUGCAUGGCUGCACGGUCCCAGGCCAUGUUGCACGAACAAGACCUUUUUCAGCCACGGAAGAAGCCGGGAGCGGUGAUGCCAAGGUCCAGUUCAGCGCUGAGCAUCAGUGGGGCGGUGGCGUUUGCGUCGAGGAGGAGACGUGAUAGCUCUGGGGGUCGACGCAAGGGGUCUUUGGAUACUUUCGCGGACCAGGUUGACGCAGAGGGCAGCGCAAAGACGCUGACCGCUCUUACUGGGAGGGGCAAGGCAAUAAGUACGAGAAAAAGCAGGAAGCCGCUCCCGUCGAUCGUGCCUGCGGGAACAUCUAUCCUGUCGAAGGUAGAGUCGGAAGUUGAGAACGAUGGUCCAACGGCCCGGGGUUCGACAGUUUUGCUGGAUUCACCCUUUUCCGCGUCGCAUUGCUCGUCGACCGCUUCCUCUAAUGCCGAGUCCGUCCUGCCUAGCCCAGUCGAUGCCGUGGAGCCACUUCUGGAGAGCGUGGAUCAGGAUGCGACCCUCCGCCCGUCGGACGUGCUGAUGGUCGGCGUUGAGGAUUGGAGGCCCAAGCGGACGCGCUCUAUGGUCGAUAACGUGAAGCACUUCUUCCACUCCCGCCCAGCGUCCCCGUCCUCAUCGUCCGGCCACACCUCCCCUGUUCCUCCUCAGGCUGUUCUCCAGGAGCCGGAAGCCGAACCGCAGAAUGGCUUCGUGCAGUGGUGGAGGAAAGGAUCCCUGCGUCGGCGUGUGCAGAGUUCACCGGACGUGCCAGGGGACGAUGCUCCGUCCGCGCUACCAGGUCGUGGUUUGGUGGACGGUCACGGUGGUGGUUCAUUCCUCGUGCAGACGCUUGAAGACGUGUCCGGCGAGCACUCCACCUCUUCUCCGGCUUCCGCGGAGAACAGAAGUCCGGGCGAUUCUCGGCGUGUUGCAUUCAGCGAGACGAUCCCGAGUAGGCGACGAUCUCUCCUUUCGCCAUCUGGUCGACAGCACGAUUCCAGCCUGCAACAUCACUCUGCCAACAUUUCAUCCCCCUUCUCACGCAAAUCUCUCCGAAGCUUGUUCUUUCAGCGGUCGAAUUCGUUCACGCCAGCCGACGGAAAGAAGCGAUGA